CCCAGAGAAGCCAAAACCUUCAGGUCCUACAACAAAUGAGUAUGCUGAUGCCCAGCUUCAAGAUAUCGUCAAAAGAUUGCGGGAGAGAGCAAAUGUCUAUAAGGAGAAGCUGAAAGACCCAGUGCUGUCUUCACCUGAAGGCAGUCCUACAAGACCUCCACUGAAAAAAUACAUGGAGUAUAUGAACCUACCAGACAGCAUAGACUCAUACACAGAUCGUCGUUACAUAGCAUGGCUCAUGAUUGUGAGCAUCGCCUAUAAUUGGAAUUGCUGGUUUAUCCCCCUUCGCUGUGUGUUCCCAUAUGAAACCUCAGAUAACAUAAUAUAUUGGCUUGCCAUUGAUGCCAUCUGUGAUAUUUGCUACCUGUGUGACUUACUGAUUUUCCAGCCCCGAGUGCGGUUUAUAAAAGGGGGAGAUAUAAUAGUGAACAAAGUAGAAAUGAAGAAAUUCUACCACAGUUCUGUGAAGUUUCGGUUUGAUCUGAUAUCAGUAUUGCCACCUGAAAUUUUAUACUUCUUCUUUGGAUUUAAUCCAGCAUUUAGAGCAAACAAGAUGGUAAAGCAUAACACAUUCUUUGAGUUUAACGAUCGUUUGGAAGCUGUUAUGGAAAAAGCAUACAUCUACAGGGUCAUUCGAACAACUGGAUACUUGCUGUUUCUCUUGCACAUUAAUGCAUGUUUGUAUUAUUGGGCUUCAGACUAUGAAGGCAUUGGCAGCACUAGAUGGGUGUACGAUGGCGAAGGAAACAUGUAUCUGAGGUGUUACUACUGGGCAGUACGUAGUUUAAUCACCAUUGGUGGCCUUCCAGAACCACAAACUCUGUUUGAGAUAGUUUUUCAGCUGCUGAACUAUUUCAUGGGUGUCUUUGUCUUCUCCAGCUUAAUUGGUCAGAUGAGAGAUGUAAUUGGAGCAGCUACAGCAGGACAGAACUACUACCGUUCCUGUGUGGACAACACUGUCUCUUACAUGAACACUAAUUCUAUUCCAAAAUCGGUCCAAAAUCGUGUUCGACUUUGGUAUGAAUAUACAUGGGACUCCCAGGGAAUGCUGGAUGAAUCAGAAUUACUGGAGCAGAUGCCAACCAAAAUGCAAUUAGCCGUCGCAAUUGAUGUGAACUUUGCCAUUGUCAAUAAAGUCGACUUAUUCAAAGGGUGUGAUACCCAGAUGAUAUAUGACAUGCUGCUAAGGUUGAAAUCCAUUGUGUAUUUACCUGGUGAUUUUGUCUGCAAAAAGGGAGAGAUUGGCAGAGAGAUGUACAUCAUCAAACAGGGUGAAGUUCAAGUCCUUGGAGGCCCUGAUGGUACAAAAGUCCUGGUUACACUAAGAGCAGGAGCUGUAUUUGGAGAGAUCAGCCUAUUAGCUGCAGGUGGAGGAAAUCGAAGGACUGCCAACGUGGUGGCUCAUGGUUUUGCCAACCUUUUCAUUCUGGACAAGAAAACACUCAAUGAAAUCUUGGUGCACUAUCCUGACUCAGAAAAACUUCUCAUGAAGAAAGCAAAGGUGCUGCUGAAGCAGAAGGGGAAACCUCCUCCAGGACCAACAGUGCAACAACCACGGGGCCUGGCCAGUCUCUUUGGGCCGAAACCAGAAACUCCAAAAUUGUUUAGAGCAAUGCUUGGAGGAAGGGGAAGAGAAGGUCUAGCUAAACUGCUGCAGCUGAAGAGACAACAAGACACUCAGGAAACUCCAGCUGAAACAGAGACUAAGCCUACAGAAGAGAAAAAGGAGCCCAUGGAGCCAGCAACCUCCUCUGCACCCCCUGCUCAAAAGGAGGAGCCACAGGCAGAUACUCAGCCUGCAGUUAUGCAGAGAGCAACCAGUAAGGAGUCUCUGAUCAUUAGUAUGUCACCAUCUCCCAGAGCAGGAGAAGGAGAGAUCCUUAAAGUUGAAAUUAAAGAGAAACAAAAAUAG